AAAUGGCAAAUGAUUGGAAGGAUUAAAGUGGUCAUUAAAGAAGAAAUGUGGGUUGGGUUCUGCAGUGCAUGUGUUCCCUUCAUCACUUAACCUCUCACCACACCGGAAGCUGCCGAAACACACAAACUCUCUCGCUCACGGGGUUGGUUCGAUUGCAUUUGCUUUACAUUUGGUGACCGUGCGUUUGAGUUGGAGAAGAAAAGCAAGAGUGUUUGUCCGCUGAGACCGCAAAGCCACAGAUCGAACUAAAACCCCAACGCAGAAUCUUUUCCUUCAUCUGAUCAAUCAAUUGCUAUGAGCAAGAGGAAGCUCCCCUCUGAUGAUCACAGCCCUCCAUCUUUCUCUCCUCAUUCUUCGGAUACCAUGCCAUGUUCUUCUGGAAUGGAUUUAUUAACACAAGAGCAUCAUCCAAGCCUUGGGCGAUCAAUGUUCCUUAGACGCUCACGUCAUCACUAUGCGCAUCAAUACUCUCGACGUACCUCAGGCAAUCUUGCUAACACAUCAACUUCUCGCGGAAAAGGAGUGCCUUUGCAUGACGAUAAGCUCUCCUAUAAGUUGGCUACUCAAUCCAGCUCCGAGUCCAGACGUCAUUCAGAAGCCAAGGAAAAGCCUUUUCUUUGGCCAGCCAGAAUUAGAUCUAGGUUCUUGGCAACGGAUGCUGUAUCACCAGAUCCAGGGAAGAUGGUAUGUGGGAUUUGUGACAAGCUGUUUAGGCGUAAACCUUUCUUUCUCGGUAGCACGCUGUCUUCGACUGAAGUCUCUGUUGUUGCAGUUUUAGUUUGCGGCCAUCUUUACCAUGCAGAUUGUUUGGAGCAGAAAACAAGUUUUGAAGAUAGACACGACCCCCAUCUGCCCAUUGUGCGCAGGAUUAUUGCCCAAGGUUGAAGAUUCAAGAGAGUAGCGUUGGUGAGAACAGUAUUUGGGUUUUUAUAUCGGAAACCUUUGAGGCGGAAACUGUACUUUCUUGCGAACACCUGUCUUCAACAACACGCUCGCAAGGAGUCCUAUUGAAACCAAUAAAUAUAGGCCUGCCUGCCAUCCACCCCAGAAUAAAUGAAGUUUGAACUCCGUGGCAACUUAUGUUUGCAGCCAUGAUUUCAUGAAGGCUCUGCUUCGAGCACAAAACAUGUUAGAAGACAGAUGCUGCCACCUAAUUUUGUCCAUUGUGCGUGCCCAAGGUUCAAACGUUCAAGGUUCGAGUGGGCAUAAGUUGGUUGUAAAGUUGUUAACUUGACUCCAUUGAUAGCCUAAUACUGAUUACUUGAUAAAAGAAUCACCGAUGGUUCGUCGGAAGCUUUCUUAAGAAUAGACAGAUGAAAACUCUCGGUUUGGACUUCGAUGUUAAAGUGUAGUUUGUAUUCAGUAGCUAAUGACUGUUUUUAAUGCCCUAGAAGUUAGAGGAAUCAAGCUUUGUGAGUAAUGUACAAACUCUAGUUGAUGUCAUUUCUCUCGGUAUAAAUGGCUUGGAAAGCCGAUGAUGUGUUCA